CCGGAAGUGCGUCUCCUGCUGUGGGCAGAGCGGCGGCGGGGCGGCUUGCUCGGUAGCGGCUUUCCGUCCGCUGUGGGCGGCCAUGGCGGCAGCCGCCGAGCUGCAGGCGAAGUACCAGAAGCUGGCGCAGGAGUACUCCAAGCUUCGAGCUCAGAACCAUGUACUGAAAAAGGGUGUUGUGGAUGAGCAAGCAAAUUCAGCAGCCCUGAAGGAACAACUAAAAAUGAAGGACCAGUCACUCAGAAAGUUGCAGCAAGAAAUGGACAGUUUGACCUUUCGCAAUCAACAGCUGGCUAAGAGGGUAGAGCUGCUUCAAGAUGAACUUGCAUUAAGUGAAUCGAAAGGAAAGAACAAGAAGAAAAGUGGUGAACCUGUAUCUCAGUUGAGUCAAGAACAGAAAAAUGUAUUUGAUGAAGACCUUCAGAAGAAGAUAGAAGAGAAUGAGCGGUUGCAUAUUCAGUUUUUUGAGGCAAAUGAGCAACACAAGCGCUUGGAAACUGAGCUGAGGAGCAGACUUGAAGUCUUGGAGAUGGAGGCUGCGCAACACCAAGCUGUGGUGGAUGGCCUCACUCGGAAGUACAUGGAUACAAUAGAAAAACUGCAAAAUGAUAAAGCUAAGCUAGAAAUCAAAUCUCAGACCUUGGAGAGGGAAGCCAAGGACUGCAGGGUUCGAACAGAAGAAUGCCAGCAGCAGCUAAAGAAUCUUCAUACUGACUUGAGUAGCAGAUUAGAGGAGUCUUUGCACAUCAUCAGUGACAAAGUACCUUUCAAUGACACAAGGUGCAGCCAGUAUAAUGCCCUGAAUGUGCCAUUACAUAAUAGACGACGACAGUUGAAGCUUCGUGACCUGGCUGGUCAAGCACUGGGCUUCGUUCAAGAUUUGGUGACCGCCCUUCUGAAUUUCCACACCUAUACAGAACAGCGCGUCCAGAUUUUUCCGAUUGAUUCUGCCACUGACACUAUAUCACCCUUAAAUCAGAAGUUCUCACAGUACCUCCAUGAAAAUGCAUCCUUUGUUCGUCCUCUGGAGGAAGGAAUGGUACACGUAUUUGAGAGCAUCACGGAGGACACCGUCACAGUGCUGGAAACAACUGUGAAAUUGAAAUCCUUUUCUGACUACUUAGCAUCUUAUGUCUGCUUUCUCAGGAAGAUUCUUCCUUAUCAAUUAAAAAGUUUGGAAGAAGAGUGUGAAUCUUCUCUUUGCACAGCUGCGUUAAGAGCCAGGAACCUGGAGCUCCAAAGUGACAUGAAAAAGCUGACAGCGGUUUUUGAGAAGCUGCACACAUAUAUUAGCCUCCUUGCCUUACCCAGCACAAAACCAGAUCGGUUGCUUCGAACAAAUUUCAUCUCGGUGUUCACAUACAUUGCUUCAACUCUUCAUGGAUUUCAUGAUGUCAUGAAAGAUAUUUACAAGCACUACAGUCAGAAAGCCGCCUUGGAACAUGAACUGCCCACAGCCACACAAAAGCUCAUCACCACCAAUGACUGCAUUUUAUCAUCUGUCGGAGCAUUAACUAAUGGAGCAGGCAAGGUUGCUUCUUUCUUCAGCAAUAAUUUAGACUGUUUCACUGCAUCACUGAGCUAUGGGCCUAAGGGAGGAAUGGAGUUCAUCAACCCCUUGUCUGCCGAGUGCAUGCUUCAGUACAAGAAGAAAGCAGCUGCCUACAUGAAACUGCUGAGGAAGCCGUGUACCGAUUCAGUGCCUUAUGAAGAGGCCUUGGCCAACCGCAGGGUUCUUCUGAGUUCCACAGAGAGCAGAGAGGGCCUCGCACAGCAGGUCCAGCAGAGUUUGGAGAAGAUUGCAAAACUGGAGCAGGAAAAAGAACACUGGAUGCUGGAGGCUCAGCUGGCCAAAAUUAAGGCAGAGAAAGAGAAUAAAAGAGCACUUGAUAAGCUCAAGAACUCGAUUGAGGCAAAUCAGGAGAGCCCUCUCAUGCUGAAUGCAGGUGAACAGGAGAAGGAGGGUGCGGAGAAGGUUUGCAAGGAACCAGUUAAAAUCACAGGUCUGGUUGGAAUGCUGACAGUAACUACUGGAAAUGACGAGGCUUCAGAAACUGACAACCGAGAAGACUUGAUCAGAAAUCACUAUAUGGCAAGAAUAGUGGAGCUCACAUCUCAUUUGCAGCUGGCUGACAGCAAAUCUGUACAUUUCCAUGCAGAGUGCCGAGCACUUGCAAAGCGACUCUCUCUAGCAGAGAAAUCCAAAGAAUCCUUAUUGGAAGAAAUGAGACUAAGUAAACAGAGCAUCACCAGAUUACAGGAUGAAUUGACAACAACCAAGAGAAGCUAUGAAGAUCAGCUGAGCAUGAUGAGUGACCACCUUUGUAGCAUGAAUGAAACGUUAUCUAAGCAACGGGAAGAAAUAGAUACCCUAAAGCUGGCUAAUAAGGGAAAUUCCAAGAAGAACAAAAGUCGAUAGUACUGCUCAGCCAACUGCCUUAUGGAUUAUGCUGCUACCCAGAAACAUGAAUGCUGAAAAUGGAAUCUGUUUGGCAAAUUGUUUCUUGACUGAACAUGGCCAUUUUGGAGGACUUACCCAUAUGUGCUUUGGUGUUGUGUAUGGAUGUGAGACAGCAUUGAACUUAGUAGCCAGCAUAAUGCAAACCAAACAUGGUGUGGUCAGUAAAGCAGACAGGGAUAAUACACACUCUGUGUAUCACUUGCAUAGGGAUUAACCGUGAAUUUUUACAGUAUACUUUGUAACUACUAUUAAUUUCCAUGUACAAACUUCAAAGUUUUUGUAUAUUUGAGUGCAUAUUUCAAUGAACAGAUCUGGUAUCAAUGCAGUAAUUGUCUUUUCCUGGUAAUACUGUCAUUCCUGCUUGUCCAUUCCUUUAUGUGAGUAAAAAGGCACAUACACAAACCCCAGAGCUGCUGUUACCUUUCAGCAGUGUCUACCUGUGCAGUUACUGUAAAAUAUACAAGUGAUCCUGGUAUUCUUUUCUUCUAGACUAGCUUAGAAGAUUUCCUGGGAGAAGCAGUCUCAGUAUGUUCAUACUAAAGCAUUCAGUGCAGCUGUGACUAAUGCAAAUUUAAAUGCUCAUUGCGGUUAAUAUAAAAGUGUACAGUAGUGGUUUUUUGAAAUGAAGUGCAAAAUCUGGGCCAAAGAAGGAGUUCAUGUAAAAUUGUGCAGAAGAGUGCCAUUUUGUCCAUGUUUGUGUGUGGCGUUACUUUCCAUGCAAUCUAUUGAUAGAAAAAUAGCUUGCAACAGCUGGAAUACAAUAUGAACAGAGCAAAUACUGACAAGGGACUAUUUCAGAAAAACCUUUUACUUGCUAGGAGCAGGACAGUAUGUGUGAACAGUCACUGGUUUCAGACUAAGCCUGAUAUAUGAGAGCAGGCCAAGAAAUCACUGUAUUAGCACCAGAAGGGCUGGUUCAGAUGUUGAUGGGCCUGGAAAUAUGUCUGGAUGGAACAGAUGGGUGUGCAAUGCUGAACUCUGGGAUCCUGCCUCCUCCUCCUGUCUCAGUCUACACAUACAGUUUGCCUAAUUCAAGAAACACUGUCAUUUCUCUCUUCAGGGUCAUAUCAUGGAGUUUCAUAUAUAUGUUCACACAGAUCCCACAUCGCUUCCUCCAUUGGCAAAAUAGGAAACCCAGCAAUGUGUCCUGAUGCUUUGAAUCUGAAUUUGGCACUGUCUGAGUCUGAUCCAGUCCUGUGUUGCUUGUCCUAGGUGACCUGGUCCCCCACAGAUAUCCUGGCUACAGUUUGCAUAAUCUACAUUGGCUUUUCUGGUUGGGCAUAAUGGAGCUGUAGUUCAAAAAAACAUGAAGGGCACCAUAUGGCAUUUUGAAGUUUGCCCAACUGAUGUCUUAAGGUUCUCUAAUAUAUUCUUUUUCACAUUUUCUUUGUGAGAAACAUGUUUACACAAACCUGCAGACUUCUCAGUGAGGUAUUCAGUAGAUAGUCUCCACCGUUGAUUCACAAGAUGUUCCACUACUGAAUAUUUCACACUGAACUACUUUUGUUGCUCCAUAAGGCAUAAUAGCUGUCCUACAUGCAAUGGUUCCUCCGCUGUAUCAACCAUGUCAAUGUACAUUAUGAGUAUAGAAUAAAUAUGCUUACAUGUUAAA